UCUGUGAUGCAGUCAGAGGGUGACGUGGUGAUAGGUGGUCUAUUCCCUCUGCAUUACCUGGCCACAGAUCCACAGAACACCUACAAAACCCAGCCUUCGAACACACAGUGCCAUGGUUUCGACCUCAGAGCCUUCCGCUGGAUGAUGACCAUGGUGUUUGCGGUGGAGGAGAUUAACCGUCACUCAGCGUUGCUUCCAGGUGUAAGGCUGGGCUACAGGAUCCUGGACAGCUGUGACCUGGUCCACACCAGCCUGAGAGGGGUGCUAUCCCUGGUCACUAGGAAGGGGAGCGGAGUGAAUACAGAGCGAGCGACGGAUGGUAGGACACCUGGGUGUCUGGCUGGGGCGCCCGUGCCUGCUGUCAUCGGUCUGGCCUCCUCCACCCCAACGGAAGCUGUGGCUCAAACUCUGGGCCCUUUCGCCAUCCCGCUGGUGAGCUAUUUUGCAACGUGUACCUGUCUGUCCAAUAAGCUCUCCUACCCUUCGUUCCUGAGGACUGUGCCUAGUGAUUAUUUCCAGGUGCGCGGUUUGGUCCAGUUGGUGAGCCACUUCGGUUGGCGCUGGGUUGGCGUUGUGGGCACCCCGGACGACUACAGUCAUUAUAACAUCCAUGCCUUUACCCAGCAGCUGCAGGAGCAGGGAGGCUGUGUGGCAUUCCACCUCACAAUCCCUGAUUCUCCCUCCCAGGCUGUACUGCGUGCCAUGGCCGACACCCUGCUGAGCGCCAGGGCUCGCGUGGUGGUAGCCUUCUCCACAGAGGGUCAGCUGCUGGAGUUUUUCUGUGAGCUAGCAGGAAGAAACGUGACAGGGAUCCAGUGGGUUGCCAGUGAGGCCUGGAUCUCUGCAAGCCUGCUCACCACCCCCCAAUUCCAGCCUCUGCUGGAGGGAACACUUGGCUUCGCUCUUCGUGGGGCCAUUAUCUCUGGUCUGAGGGAAUUCAUGCUAAAGAUCCGGCCAUCGCACACACCAGGGUCUGAGUUCAUCAAUAUGUUCUGGGAGGAAGUGUUUGGCUGCAAGUUGGAUUUCUCUAUGGGCCGUGGAAAUGAAAGCCACUUAGGACCAGAUGUUAAAGACCGAGUACUAAACUACACAGAUAGUGGUGGUUCUAAUGGUAUUAGACUAACUCCUGUCUGUUCUGGUUUAGAAGAUCUGGGGAACAUCAUGAGCAGUUACACUAAUGCGUCACGGGUCAGGAUCUCAUAUAAUGUUUAUAAGGCGGUAUACGCCAUAGCCAACGCUCUACACCAGUUACUACAGUGUGACUCCUCUGGGCAAAGCCAAACUCAAGGGAAAUGUAAUACCAGCUCUACUUAUACACCCAGACAGCUCUUACGUUACCUGAAGAUGGUGAAUUUCACCAAUCAUUUUGGGGAGAAGGUGCAGUUUGAUGCCAACGGGGAUCCUGUUCCGCUCUAUGAGAUCAUUAAUUGGCAAAAGGACAACAUGGGAAAAAUUUGGUUACGGACGGUGGGAAGCUUUGACGGCUCCAAACCCAUCGUCCGGAGGCUGCAAAUGGAAGACAGCACCAUCGUGUGGACAGGAAGGCAAUCAGAGGUGCCAUUGUCUCUGUGUAGUCCUCCCUGCCCCCCUGGCAGCAGACAGGCCCAUCGGCCAGGAGAACCACCUUGCUGCUAUGAUUGCCUGCCUUGUCCUGAUGGGGAGAUCAGCAACCAGACCGAUUCCACAGUAUGCGUUAAUUGUCCUGAGUACUACUGGUCUGACUCAGACAGGGUAAAGUGUGUCGCUGGAAUAGAAGACUUUCUGUCUUUCUAUGACACCAUGGGCGUCGUCCUGGUCUUGCUCUCCCUGGUGGGUGUCGUCACCACAACUGGCAUCACAGCUAUCUUCCACCGCUUCCGGGCCACACCCAUUGUCAAGGCCAACAACUCAGAGCUGAGCUUCCUGCUUCUCCUGUCCCUCAAGCUUUGCUUCCUAUGUUCUCUGCUGUUCAUUGGACGUCCCUCUGAAUGGGCAUGCGGGUUCCGGCAGGCAGCGUUUGGGGUUAGCUUUGUUCUCUGCCUAUCCUGUCUCCUGGUCAAGACCAUCGUGGUUCUCGUGGCCUUCAAGGACAUUUCACCAGGCUCCAGUAACUUGACAAAACUGUUUGGACCUCCCCAGCAAAGGCUGCUGAUCCUCUGUACAACCGCCCCUCAGGUUUGUCUUUGUGCAGGCUGGCUCUCCAUGGCUCCUCCCUUCCCCUUCAGGAACUCAUCCAUUCAGGGUCUGACUGGCAUGGUUUUGCUCGAGUGUAAGGAGCGCUGGCCCCCAGGGUUCUACCUAGUGCUGGGCUACAUCGGCCUGCUGGCCUCCCUCUGUCUGCUCUUAGCGUUCCUGGGACGCAAACUCCCAGACACUUUCAAUGAGGCCAAGCUUAUCACUUUUAGCAUGCUGAUCUUCUGUGCAGUCUGGAUCUCCUUCAUCCCAGCUUAUGUCAGCUCUCCUGGGAAGUUCACUGUAGCUGUGGAGAUCUUUGCUAUCUUAGCCUCUAGUUUUGGCCUGCUGGUCUGCAUCUUUGCCCCUAAAUGUUACAUCAUCUUGCUAAGGCCAGAUAGAAACAAUAAGCAAUGUCUAGUGGGGAGACAUAAGAUAAUCCAUAAAUGA